UGUCAGUUGCCCGUUUGGUGUAUGUACCAUGUUUACUGUGGGGUACUCCGCAAGCAAUCCUUGUGGGUAUCAGCCCUCGCGGACCAACAUCAAAUUCUUUUCGUCCAUGCCGAAGAAAGUUAAACCUAAAGGUUCAGUCUCGGAGACAGAAACAGCAGAGAACAGACAAGAACAUUCCCACAACAAACUCCCACCCCUUACAAAACUAACUGAAGCUAAAUCACCGUGGCACCGUGAAUCAUCACCCUGGCUACAAGAUUCACCACAAUGGCAACAAUCCUUCUCCCCCUGGCAAAACGACCAGGCUAAGUCGCACAGCAGGACAGGCUUCUACCAGACACCAGUCCAAGAUCACUUGAAAAGCAGCAAAUCAAGCAGAAAUAAAGCGGUUGUAAGUUUAGCAGGGAACCUCACAUCCUCAGCACCCAACUCGUUGUAUACCUGCUCGAAUAACCAAUCUGGAGAUAACCACAUGAGGAAAGUGUCCAUAUCUACCCCGGUCCUAGACUGUCUUGCAGAGCGUAAACCCUCGAGAGGUCAACUCCAGGGUUGCAGGACUGCUCCUGGCAGGAACAGAGAUCCUAAUAGAACUUAUCUGUUCUGUCCCCAGAGGCAAAUAUCAGAGGAUUUACAGACAGACUUUUAUCUAACUUCUCUUGAUACUGACGAAGAGGAGACAUUGGAUGCAGUGGGCGGGAUUGAGGAUUACAAACACUUAGCCAUACGAAAUCCUAAUGGUAGAACUGAACUUGAUCUGCAGCAGGUGUACGACAGAACUUACAGACCAUCUUUGAAACUCCCCAAGUGUGAUAGUGCUUUAUUAACAACUAUUAAGCCUCAGUUUAUCAACAAUAAUUGUGCUAACCAACAGUCUCCCGCGCAUAAGAAAGUAACUGCGGCAGAACACAGCAAUUUAUCAUGCCAAAGUUCAGACAGUAGUACUGACCUUAAGAGUGCAAGUGAAGAAGGUCAGGAAGGGAAGAGGGUGCGGUUUAUCUCGCCAGCCAAAUGCAGCCCCACCAAGAAGCAGUCCACAGAUAGAAACAUGUCCUGGCUGUCCUACAAACUACCUUCUGGCUCCUCUUGGGGAUUUAGGAAAUACCGGACAUUUGAUUAAUUGUACAUAGCUUCUGGCUCCUCCUGGGGAUUUAGGAAAUACCGGACAUUUGAUUAAUUGUACAUAGCUUCUGGCUCCUCUUGGGGAUUUAGAAAAUACCGGACAUUUGAUUAAUUGUACAUAGCUUGUUUUAAGUUUCGAAAUAGCACAUCUACCUCUUAUGGUGAGCUGUUUCAAUGACAAAUUUACAUUUCAA